UCCGUGUGCCGCACGGAGCGCUCGCUAACGUUAGCUUUCGGGCAAAGGGCGUGAAAGCUGGCAUCAACAGCGCUUCGCCUGCAGCGCUGAAAGGCGCGACGGAUCUGUGCUCUCACUGCGGGCCAGCAAAACAAAAACACAUGGAGGGAGAAGAGAUACCGCCAACUGCGGGGCGAAGCGCUUUAAGACUGGAAGCGUUUAAAAAGCUGCGCUGUCAAACAAACUAGACUUUGGUUAGGAGCAUCUGAUGCGUCUAACCCGUGUUUAACGGCACGGACACCGUGGCUGUGUUUUUAUUUUACUGUAGUUUUGCUGUUGGCAUGACAAACACUCAAUCUCUGAGUUCGUGAACUUAGCUGGGCUGUUAUCAGGGGAUAUCCAAGCCCGAUAGGAAUGCAGACAAAGGGAAGUUUGCGUUAAAAGCCAGCUCCAUCUUUAACUGCUUUACUUACGUGCAGGGUGAACUCUGGCUUCUGGGUGAAUGGGUAACUUGCCCACUUGGUCACAGUGGGCAUGAAUUCAAAUGUUCUUGUUUGUUGGUUUGUUUGCAGCACACAUUUUGCUUUCACUUGCAUGUUUAAACUCACUAAUCCAAAUUCAGCGGUCUUCUGUUGUGUGCAGCCCGUCUUUCUGGGGUGUGACAGAUUUUGACUCUGCUUGGUAAUGAUUUACAGCAUUAGCAGCUCACCUUCUAAACACCAAGGACUAGUUAAUGUUCACCUGUCAGCGCCUCAGAAAUAAUGUGCUCAGACUCAAAGUGACCCUUUACUGCAUGUGUCUGAAAUCCUGGUAAUGGUUUACGUGCCAGUCUCCCCCCAUUAGUUGUCCUUUAUGAUAACUUCAAAUGCAGUCAGAAGUCAUUUAUGUUUCCUCCCCCCUCCCCUCUGUCCUCCGCACAGUUUGGAGAAAGACAGAUGUAGAAAAAUGCCAGUGACCCCUUUUAAACCGUUUAUCAUAUCGGCACAGGUCGGGUUGGCACAGAAGAUGGAAAAUCUGCCGCAGUCUGAUUCCAGUUGCAUUGAUUUUGAGCACAGCAAAUUGCUCAUGAAAAACAUACAGCGUGGGUGGUGCGCAGAGCCGGGGAUGUAUUGUGGCUCUUAAAGAACGACAGACAGAAUGUUAAGAUAGCAUCAGCUGUCAAGCAGCAGCAGGAUGUCUGAGUUCAGCGAGGAGCCGCGCUUCACUAUUGAGCAGAUAGAUCUGCUGCAGCGGCUGCGUCGCACCGGCAUGACCAAGCAGGAGAUUCUGCAUGCGCUCGACACUCUGGACCGGCUGGACCGGGAGCACGGGGACAAAUUUGGCCGCCGCACCUCUUCCUCCUCCUCCUCCUCGUCCUCCUACGGCGUAGGCGGGGCCAACAGCUGCACCAACAACUCUGCCUCUAAUACUACUACUACCACAUCAUUCAACAAUAACAACACUGCCUCGGCAACCACCACCUCUUCAGCGUCAUGCAACGGUGGCGCCAUCAACAGUGGCGGUGAGGGCGGAGCCGCCGAUCACGCAACCGCUGCCACCUCUUCAACGACCUCCAAAAUCUCCACAGCCACGCAGACGCAGUUCAACAGCGCCGGGGGACUCUCGCUGUCUCCCAGCAACAGCUACGACACGUCCCCGCCUCCAGGGCCGCCACCACCCUCUGCCAUCCUGCCGUCCCCGGUCUCGCUGGUGGCCCUGACACAGAACGGCCGCGACAGUCUAGCUGCCACCCCCAACGGAAAACUGUCUCCGCCACGAUAUCCGGUGAACAGCGCUGCAGCGACACGAGCGUUCGGGUUUGAAUCUACAGAGGAAGAUCUGGAUAUCGAUGAUAAGGUGGAGGAGCUGAUGAGGAGGGACAGCAGUCUGGUGAAAGAGGAGAUCAAAGCCUUCCUGGGGAACAGGAGGAUCUCUCAGGCAGUGGUGGCGCAAGUUACCGGCAUCAGUCAGAGCAGGAUCUCCCAUUGGCUGCUGCAGCACGGCUCCGACCUGAGCGAGCAGAAGAAGAGGGCUUUCUACCGCUGGUACACGCUGGAGAAAACCACACCAGGUGCCACUCUGAACAUGCGACCAGCUCCAUUACCUCUGGAGGAAAUGGAGUGGAGGCAAACCCCGCCCCCCCUCACCACCGCCCCCGGAACCUUCCGCUUGCGUCGGGGAAGCCGCUUCACUUGGAGAAAAGAGUGCCUGGCUGUGAUGGAGAGCUACUUCAACGACAACCAGUAUCCAGAUGAGGCCAAAAGGGAGGAGAUAGCAAACGCCUGCAAUGCUGUUAUUCAGAAACCAGGGAAGAAGCUGUCUGAUCUGGAGAGGGUCACUUCUCUGAAAGUUUACAACUGGUUUGCCAAUCGUCGCAAAGAGAUCAAGAGACGUGCCAACAUUGAAGCCACAAUCCUGGAGAGCCAUGGGAUAGACGUCCAGAGUCCAGGGGGACACUCCAACAGCGACGACAUCGACGGGAACGACUUCUCGGAGCAGGCCUGUGACCUCCCCUAUUUUGACAAAAGACCUCUCAGCCGACCUUUUGGCCUUUAUCGCCUGGAGCCCACCUCGCCCACACAGGACGACAGCGCAGCGCACAGCGAGCACCAGGACCCCAUCUCUCUGGCUGUGGAGAUGGCUGCAGUCAACCACACCAUCCUGGCCCUGUCCAGAACCGGAGGGGGGCCCAACGACAUCAAGACGGAGUCCCUGGAGGACGAAUGAACCGCACAGGACCUGGGACGGAGGAGGGGGGACGAGAGAAGGGGGAGUGCAAAAGAUGGAGUUGGGGGACUGAAAAGAGACCAAAGUAUUGCUACUUAGUAAAGCUUCAGCAUCUGCUCCUCAGCCAGCCCCUUACCAACUCUUCCUUCUCUCCUGGCCUCCCCCUUCCUCUCCCCUCCUCCGAGUAAUCCUUGUAAACAGUAAUUACCCCCAACCCCACCUUACUCCAUAUAUUGACACAGCUGGCAGAAAUGGGUGACUGUAGGCCCCGUGAUCUCUGUGGAAAUGAUCCACAGAAGAAAAGGCGGCUCCCGCAAACCCCUCUAAACGGCGGCUCUUGUCCGGGAGUGUGAACUCUCUCUUCCCCCUCAGUACAGGAUACCUCUUCUUUCCUUACCUCGUCCUUGCUCCCCUUCUACUUCCCUCUCCAGCCUGGUCGUCUGAGCCGAUCCUCAGUCUAUCUCACCUCAACGUCAACCUCAGAAAAGUAAUGUGUACUGUAUAUAUAUUAUAUACAUGUUUUAUACAUAUAUAUGUAUAUACAUAUAUAUGUAUAUGGUUCUUAUGGUUCUCAGUCUCACUCACCUCAUGGUGUGCUACCUAUCUACCUACUUACCUGACCCUCAGAUUCACCUCAUCAUUGUGCAAUUCAUCAGAAGAGCAACCUCUGGCCUAACAUCUCGGGAAAAAUGGACGAAGAGAUCUUCCUCUUCUGCCUCUCUGGCCACAAGGAAGUCAGCAAAAAUGAUAUCAGAGCUGCGCCGGCACUUUUGUCCUCUGUCCAUUCCUCAGUAGAAUAAAUGGCUUUUGGUUUCCUUGCAGUAGAGCUGCUAGGUUGGAUAGAAACGUAUCUGAACUUUCUGUAGUAGCCUUACGUUCAUGCAGACAGACGUUGUUUUUUGCAGUACAAGCAGGUUUUCAUAAAACAGGGAUGGGGACUGUGAAUCACUGCACACACUGAUAAUGGCAAACGGUAUCAAGGUUUAUAUCCAGCAGCAGCAGCAGUGAUUCGAGGUUCCUUACUUGCUCUUCCUCUGGUUCUAGGUCAAACAGCAACUGGACUUUGUCAUUUCUGCUCCCUGUGACACUAUUGUUAAGUACUAAAGACUAUGAGGAUCAAGUUAAGGUCAAUGUGAUAAUCGAGCAAACUUUGUAAGCUAUCUAAUAAGACGAGUUAUGCUUUGUUUGAAACGUCAUCCAUGCCAAAGGAAAAGAGAGACGCUAAGCUAAUACUGAUCUGAAAACAGUGUUAAAGUCCAUCCAAAGUUAUUUAUACCAACUCCUUUGGCCUACGCAGGUUUAUUUCUUGACUCAGUAUAGGCUUGACACUACAGCAGGCCUGUGUCAGUAAAGGUAGGUAUUAGCAGCCAGGCAUACAAUGAUAAAAAACCCUGAAGCUUUUUACUACUUCUGUGACGCUGCCUCCUUAUAAUAGUAAUGUGCUUUUUCUAAUAUCAGAGAGAUCAAAUUAGAUCAACUCCACAGUGAAAAUGGUUACAAAUAUCAGAAACAUGUUUGAGGCUUCUUUCAUCUCUGUAGCCUCGGAGAAAAACUUGCAUCUCAAAGGGAAUCAGAGUCACCGACUACUAAAGAGGUGAUUUUUCUUCUUUGCCCUGAUGGAAGGAUCUCCAAAACCAUCUCUUAUUGAAUAUCACUAUGUUGUGAGGUGGGUUGUUCCUGUUCAUUGCUGUGGGACUCGACUGUUUAUUUUCUGUAUUAUUUUUUAAAGAAGUUAUUUCUGUAUGCCAGAUAUGUCCUAGCACGAAGUAGCGCUAGAAGCUAGCUUUGCUCAGCUUAGCCACAGGACAGAAGCAUUAAGGCCAGCGUUGUCUAACGGGGACAGACCAAAUGUCUAAAGCUUAUUCUUGAACGUGUGACAUUUAUUGCGGCUUUUCUCUGUGGCUACUUGUGGAUCUUUUAACCCUGCGGUUGUGUUGACCCCCCCACCCCCUUACUUUAGUGUUCCCGGUCAAAAUUGACCGGUCAGUUUUAACAGCUCUUAAAUUAACAUAAGAAACAUUUUUCACCACCAAAUUCAGUUCAGUUGGUGGGUCAAUGGGUCGUUCAGUAAGUCGUAAAAGGGGGUCUUUCAUUUUGUCAUUCAGUGGCCCAUUCAGGGGGUCAGAGGCCCAAGGGGGGGGUCGGAUGCUAAACUGAAAACUAGCGUUAGCAUUGACUGUUAGCUUAAAACAUAGAAGAAUUUUUGUAUUUUUUUAAAAAAGGUUUUGCCAUGUUUUAUGUGUUUAAUCAGUACAAAACGUCAACCAAGUGCACCUUUUUUCCCUUUUGGAAAAAGCCUGACUUUCUGCUAAGCUAAGUUAAGCUAGCUUCUAGCAUUAGCUCCAUAGAGUCAUAACGAAAAAUUUUUAAUUACAUUUCCCACGAAGUCAGACUAGUCCCUGCCUUAGCGAUGGUUUUGGAGAAAGAAAAGAAUAUUCUACGAAGCGGGAUUAAACAAAACAGUCUCCCAGAAAUUUAAUGCCAAUCCUCAAGUUUGUGAUAGUUUGAUUUGGCUGUUGGUGAUCAUGCACCAAAUAAGUUCACAGGUUUAAUACUGCGGUUAAUGUCUGGUUCCUGCUUGUACACUAACUUCCAGUCCUCAGCUGUAGUCUAGUAAAGCUUUAUUUAAUUGUCCUGCUUCAGUAAGUUCAAAGCUGCAAUACAGUGACUCUCAACUGGGACCUGAAAAAGCUCAAAGCUAAAAACAGUAUGUAUUUAUACUCAUUUUUUUAUGGUAUUGUACAAAAACAAAUAAUGUUUUGGAAAUGAAUCGUGCUUUUUUCCUAAUUAUUUUUCUCUUUUUUUAAUUCUUAUUAUUUGAUUGUUUUGUUCAUCCCUUAUUUGACUGAACAGCAGUCUCCCCGUUUGUAUUGGAUAUAGUAAGCUACUUUAUAAAAAAUAAACCAUGAUGCACCUUAAUGAAAAUUAGUAUUAACUAAAAUUAACUAAGUAUUGAUGUUAACUAAACUUGAAAUGUAACUUUUAACCAAAAGUCCAAUUUCCAGUAUAUGAUGGGGAAAGAAGAGAAAUUCCAGUCGAGCUGCUUCAUGUCAUUCUAAACUAAAGCCCCAAUAUGUUCCAGUCUCUUUGGUAAAUAACACCACACCAAACUCCCUGAUAAAAUCUCCAGUUUCUGAUUUGAACAAGAGCACAAGCGUGUAACCUGUGUGCCUGUUUUUGACUCGGACAGAUCGAAGCAUUCAUUCGUGAACUGAGCGCGUGUCUCAUUAAACUACUUAAAAUAAUUAAACUACUUGAAACAAAAACUUUUUUUUUUUUUCCUUCUAAAGAUUUUUGGGGGGGAGUUUGGUGUGAUGUUCCCCUACAAAGAACUGGUGAAAUUAGUCUUGGGUGAUUGUGGGUGGGAAGAAGAAAAGUAAGGCAUGCAUUCAGAGAUUAUUCCCACUAUGAGACACUUUUAAAUGAACUGCCUUUGACUAGUUACUUUCCAAUGCAUUGGGCCACGGCAUCUCGUGGCCCAAUUAGCAAGUACAAGUUUUAAUCCGCUAGUAUUGAAGCUUGACAGAAAAGUUCAUGGGGUGGAUGGAAGAACCCUCAGGUGCUCACAAAGUAGAUUGUGCUGUUUUUCCUUUUUUUUUUUUUUCCUCCAGAAGAAAACUGGAACCCAACUCGACACGGGCACUUCCCCACUCGCUGUCAUGCAUACUCAGUGGUAGUGCUUGCUUUGACGGGGUGUCCUCUCUCAUGGUUGUCAGGGUCAACAUGCAUAUGUGUCCUUCUGUGUCCCCUAGUGCAGCACCAUCCACUUCAUCCCAGUAUAGCUCAGAAAAAGAGGACUGAAUGCUGUUGUAUCAAUCUCAAAUCUAGUUGCUUUCAAAGUUACUGUAUUGCCCAUUUCAGAAUUUAGUGCCUUUUUUGGACAGUAGACUGUUCUGUAAUUAAGAUGUAGUAUAUAUACAUUUUUUUGUACAGUUUCUUUGUUCAUUUUUUUAACUUGUGUUUAUUUUAGUAUGAUAUAUAUAAAUAUAUAUAUAAUGUACAAGAGAAUAAAGCUAUAUCAAUGAGAA